AUGUCUUCAUUACAAUCAUCACCAUCAAUAUUUUCACUACCAUCCCCAAAUCAUACCGAUGAUUUAUUUAAAAAAUUUAAACUUAAAAAUUAUCGUACAAUACAAACUAUGAAUGAAAAUGAUGAUCAAAUGAAUGUGGAUAGUUCUGAUGAAUCAACAUCUCUAUCUUUAUUAACUGAAGUUAGUGUUGAAGUAGAUUUUGAAAAAUAUUAUAUGAAACAAAACUUACAAUUAACUGAUACAAAAUCUCCUUCAUGUUUAUUAACACCAGAUAUUGAUGAUCUUCAACAGAAAGAAAAAGAACUUUUACAAUCGCUUAAUCCGAUUGAUUUGCAGAUUGCACAAGAUCUAUCAUCAAUUGAAAAUCAAGCAAAACCAAUGCAAUGUCAAAGAAAACCAUAUAUACAAUGUGAAAUUUGUCAUGAUAAAGCAACCGGAAUACAUUAUGGUGUAACAACAUGUGAAGGAUGUAAAGGAUUUUUUAAACGAACAGUUCAAAAUAAAAAAAUUUAUCGUUGUAUUAGAAAUGGUUCAUGUAUUAUUGAUAAAUUUCAACGUAAACAUUGUCAACACUGUCGUUUUACAAAAUGUUUAGAAAAAGGUAUGGUUAUUGGAGCUGUUCGUUAUGAUCGAAUGCCUGGUGGACGAACAUCAUCUAAUCUUGCUCUAUUAUAUAAAUAUAAUAAAGAAAAAAAUAAUUGUCAAAAUCGACAAGAAUUUAAUAAUUCACUUGAACAAAUAAUUAUUUCUGAUGUUAAACUUAAAACAAAUAUAGAAAAUCAAUUAAAUCAAUCAUUAGCUAUACAUUCAAAUAUUAAAGUUACAUAUAAUUUUGAUCAAUUAUCUAUAUUGAAUACAUUAUUUGAUCAUUUAAAACCAUUAACUGAUAGUUCAAUACAAUUAACAGAUGAAUUAAUAAAAAAAACUUCACAUUUAUUAAUUGAUUCAUUUAUAUCAUGGUAUCGUUCAUUAUCAUUUUAUUCAUUAUUAAAAUUUGAUUUAAAUCAAUUUAUAUUAAAAAAUCGUUGGUCAAAAUAUAUUUUUUUAGCAAUAUGUCAAUUUUUAGCAAUACGAUAUAAUCAUAUAAAUUUAAUAUCAUAUGAACAAUGUUUACAACGUUUAAUUGAAUAUCAACAAAAACAAAUACUUUCAUCAAUAUCCUAUGAAAUUAUUCAUCAAUUUUUAAAUUUUUUAUUAUAUUUAAUUAAUUUAAAUUUAACGAAUAAAGAAUUUACAUUAUUAAGUAUAUUAAUUGUUAUUCAAUAUGAUAAAACAAAUACAACAAUCGAUCAAAAUGAUUUAAUAUCACUUGAACAAGUUUAUUUUAAAAGUUUACAUGAAUAUGAAAAUGAAUUAGUUUCAUGUAAAUCAACAUAUCGUUUAAAUCAAUUAUUAUAUAUACGUGAGCAAAUCAAUCAUUUAACAGAAUUACUUCUUAAAGAAAGUCACUUUUUUUUUCCAUAUUUAUUGAUUCCUUAUUAA